CCCCGUGCGCCGCUGGUCCCUGCGGGAUCCAUUCGAAUUCACUGACCUCUCGCGCUGGGCACCUGCUGUGGAGCCGUGUCCCCGCAUCAGGCGCGAAUCGAAGUUUCCCGGAGGUGACGUGUCCACGUUCAGAGCCGGCCUCGGCCUCGGCGCCCCAGGCGGAACUCUGGGGAGCGGAUCCGUCUGGUGUCGACUUGGGCUUUCAAAGGCUCCUCUCCAUUCUUGCAUCCCACAAGUGCUCCUCCAUUACUCCCGUUGUGCGACAGGAAAGGGACACGGUGGGCACCUGUCUUGUUGUGCCCUGGGUUCCCACACUGGCACCACAGCCCUGCAACCAUGGAGCCAGAGCAGCUGCAAAGCAGUGCCACGCUCAUGGCUUCAAUGCUGCGCCUCAUGGAGCAGUACUUCGACAAUGCCCGCACGUUGCUCCAGCAGGAAGAGGAGGAGGUCCAGCAUGGCCCAGAAGCCAUGGUUAGCGAAGUGUUGGCACUCCUGCUUCUGUACAUGCCUCUGACUCCCCUCGACACAAUGGAACAUCGCUUCUGGCGGAGGGAGUCAAGCACAGACUGGUGGGAUCACAUUGUCAUGCAGGGAUGGGAUGAUCAGCAGUGGCUGCAAAACUUCCGCAUGCGCAAGGCUACCUUCCUCGAACUCUGCGAGUGGCUUGACCCUGCCCUCAGGCACCUGAAUACCCGAGUGAGACCUGCCAUCCCCGUGCAGAAACGCGUGGCCAUUGCCCUCUGGAAGCUAGCUACAUCAGACAGCUACCGCUCAGUCGGGAAUCAAUUCGGGGUGGGGAAAUCCAGAGUCAGGGCUGUGCUCCUACAAGUAGCCAAGGCCAUCAACCACAUCCUGCUACAGAGGUUUGUAACUCUGGGCAACAUAGACAACAUCUUGGAUGGUUUUGCCGACAUGGGCUUCCCCAAUUGUGGGGGGGUCAUAGACGGAACACACAUCCCCAUUGUGGCUUCUGACGACCAUGCCUCAAACUACAUCAACCAAAAAGGGUACUGUUCCAUGGUGCUGCAGGCACUUGUGGAUCACAAGGGACGCUUCACUGACAUCAACGUUGGAUGGUCGGGAAAGGCGCAUAACACACGCAUCUUGCAGAGCUCAUCCCUCUUCAGUAAGAUGCGUGCUGGCACUUUUUUCCCCCAUAGGGCAAUCAAGGUCGGAGAGUUGGAAAUGCCCAUUAUGAUCCUGGGAGAUGCAGCCUACCCUUUGCUCCCCUGGCUCAUGAAGCCCUACACAGGCCGCCUGGAUGCCAGCAAGGAGGAGUUCAAUAACAGGCUGAGAAGGUGUAGAAUGGUGGUGAAAUGUGCAUUUGGGCGUUUAAAGGGGAGGUUCAGGAGUCUCCUCACCCGCCUGGACAUCAGCGAGCUCAACAUGCCCUUCGUGGUGGCGGCAUGUUGUGUGCUCCAUAACCUGUGUGAAAACAAGGGGGAGACUUUUCUUCCAGCAUGGGGGGCUGAGGCAGAACGCCUAGCUCGGGAGUUUGAGCAACCAGACACCAGUGCCACAAGGAGAGCACAGCAAGGGGCAUUGUUCAUCAGAGACGCCUUGAAAGACAGUUUUAUGCAAGACCAGUUGUGAGACUCUCCACCCUGCAUUCUGUGUGCGUGUGCGUGUGUGAGAGAGAGAGAGAGAGAGAGAGAGAUCCCCGUCUCUCUGUUUUCCUGCCCUCCUUGGCAGAGCAAACAAUAAAGAGAUCAUUGAUUAA